GGCCCCAAAUUGAGAAAGAUCUUGUUUGUGAUGUGUUAGCGGGAAAGCGUGGACCAUCAUGUAACAAGAUGGCUCAAAUUCCAAACAAAAAAGUGUUUUACGUCCGGUUUGUUAAACCAGAAGGGGAACUUGAGGAAGAAGAGAAUCGCAGCCGUGGGCCCAAGAGAGCUCGAUAUGAUAAGGCUUCAACAACUAGUUCACUUCCAAGUCCUAAGAAGCAGUAUGGGAGUCUAGUCAGUAAAGUUUACCCAAAAAGCCUCUCAGUUGUAGAAAUGUUAAAGCUGGGGAAUGUCAUUGCAAAGAAGACAACGACCAUUAUUGAUAUCUUCACAUUUAACAUUGAGCAUAUGGAAUGGUCCACUGCUCCAAUGACUGUAGAAUUUAGGAUAGCUGACAAGCCAUUUGCAUCUGGUGGAUUUAGAGAGGCAUUCAAAGCCACUAGUGACACUCUUGGAUUUAGCGGGGUGACUUGGGUCAUCAAAAAAUACCUGAAGGGUACUUUGGAUGAUAUUAUUAAAACAAAUCAGACUGUUGAGAGUCACACAAGAAAGGCUGUGCAGAUGCAUCAUUUAGCCAGAAAUUUCACAUCCCAAUUGAAAGAGAAAGUGGAAAAGGAAACAUUAACAGAGUUUGGCGUUACCUUUCACUAUAAGAAGGUAUUCCUAGGCAAGAUGAGUGAGGGUGACUAUGUGACUAUUGAAGAAUUCAUUGAUGGUGUGUUUGUUAAGUAUAUCAACAACAAUGGGGACAUUUGCACUGAGGAUGAUGUCCUGUGUGACAAGGCUCAGUGUUUUGCACAUUUCACAUAUGAAAAGUCACAGGGAAAGCUCAUGGUACUAGAUGUUCAGGGUGCAGGACUUAACUUGUAUGACCCCGAAAUUGCCUCGGUAGAAUUAACAGAUGGUGACGGUUCCUUGCGUUUCUGCAAUGGCAACUUGGCAGAGGGAGCUAUUAAGAAUUUCUUUGCAAAACACAAGUGCAAUUUUUAUUGUAGGAUCUUGCAGCUUAAGUUGCUGCCAUUGGCAUCCCAGUAAGAAAGUAAAUGUUUAUUAGCUGACUUUUUUUAGGUUAUUUUUAUAUGGAGCUGGUCUGCCUAAGUUGACUAAGGUCCCAGUUGGCAGCACAAAUUAGCUAAAACAUCUCAAGUUAACUCUUAACAAUGUGAUUGAGACAAAAACAAAAAAAAGCUUUACUUUACCAAGAAUGCCUGCCACAAACCUGUGUGCAGUGCAACCAAAAUAUUGGCAAUAUACAAUCAAAAAAGAAUUGCAAGAAUAUUGCCAGCCUGCACAAGUGGAUUGGUCAGAGCAAUUAAUUUUGUACUUCCUGGCCCACACAACUGGGCUGAUGUGUUCCAUGUUAUUGGUUUCUUUGCUGUUUAAUUCUUGUUUGUAAAGUUACUGUUGUUGCUGUUACUGGAUGAAAUAUUCUUUCAUAGAAAUUAGCCAUUUUGUUGGACAGAUAGCAUCUCCUUUAUUCUGUUUUAGUGUUCUUGUUCAUGCUAUACAGCCUGUAAAUGAAAAUAUGCAGUUUCAUUUUUUCCUAUGUUACAGUUCAAAUAAAGAUAAAUUUGGUCAAACUUGGAGUGAAAAUUUGCUUUUUAAGUACAGAUAUGCAUCCUUGCAUUCAUCUGGCCUUAUGGUCUCAAAGUCUGGAAUGAUUCUUUGACAUUCAGCUCUCACUUCUGGGGUAAGAAAAUCAUCAGACACGUGAAGAACUCCAGACUCGGUUGCUGCUUCUUCUAAUUGUUCUUCAGUUACUGGAAAACCUGUCAAUGUUAGGAAGGCAAGAUUAAAUUAAUCAUCUGAAUUUUAUGUGAACCAUUAUAAUCUACUUCAUGGUUUUGUCUCUGCUUCACAUGUAUCUGUUUUUUGACAUAAAUGAACCACCAUCAGGGAUUAAAUGUAAGUGUUUCCUACCUAAUUUUCCAUUUGGAUGUCUAAACAAAACUAUUCACAAUUAAACAUGGAAAGGG